AUGAAGCUUGGAGCUGAAAAUAGGCUUUCGAUUGGCUAUAAAACAGACUGGUGUGACCUUUGUGGAGAGCAAGGACAUAAGAGAUAUUGCUGCCCAAGCCGUCCUUUGGCAUUAGGUUGAAAUCAGCAGUGUGAAAUAUGCAAUGAGAAAACUCAUUUUACUGAAGACUGCCCUACAAAGAAAAGGAAGAAAAAAACAAUUGAAGAACAAUUAGAAGAGCUUAAUAGAAUUUCUGGGACUAAUAUGCAGCUUUCUCAAAAUGAUAUUAUGAUGAUUAAAGCUUAUAAAGUGCAGCAAAAAGCACUCAAACAAAGCCAAGUUGAUGAAAUCCCUGAAACUGUUGUAGAGGAAGAAGAUCUAUUGCCGCCAGGAGUUGACCCAAGAUAUUAG